AUGCUGAUGGGCGAUGCUAUGCUCAUUGUGACGGCAGGAAGUGAUACAACCGCCACAACUCUGACUAGCAUCGUUUAUGAACUGGCCCAUCACCCACAAGAGGUGGAGCAGCUGCGCGCAGAGCUGCUGCCAAUCGAAACCGAUGCAACAGGCGAAUUCCUUCACGACCGAAUCUCGCAGUUGCCCCGACUAAAUGGGUUCAUCAACGAGACGUUGCGACUGCAUCCGCCAGUUCCCAGCAUUAUCCCGCGGAAGACACCUGCAGAAGGGAUCCAGUUAGGGGACACGCAUAUCCCCGGCGAUAUGACGGUCUUUUCUCCCCAGUGGGUCAUUGGGCGAUGUAAGCACACCCCCGUCCAUCGUCAUUCUCUCUAG